AUGGGGACCCAUGGAUCCUCCGUGCCACCCCGCGGGGUGCAAGCCCUGCCCAGCUCUAGCCCCGGCAUCCUGGGGUGCAUGUAUCCUCCUGGCCAUCCCGUGGGAUACAGACAGGUCUGGCAGGCAGCAGGCAAGUCCUGGAAGGCUCUGAGCCUCUCACAGAAGCGUCCCUAUGUGGAGGAGGCUGAGCGGCUGCGGGUGAAGCACAUGCAAGAUUAUCCCAACUACAAAUACCGGCCCCGGCGGAAAAAGCAGGUCAAGCGGAUCUGCAAGCGGGUGGACCCCGGGUUUUUGCUGGGCAGCCUGACACGGGACCAGAACGCGGUGCCGGAGAAGCGGAACUGCGGCCGCGUUAGGCUGAGCGGCUGCGGGUGA